AUGAUAUGGGGCUUUGUAAUAAUUACGUUCAUCAUUUCAAUUAUUGUUAUUAAUAGUAUCGCUCAAAAUAAGCGGAAUGAUAUUAAUACAUGCGUAAAAAAACUCAAAGCUCAAUCUGAUUCCGAAUCCACUAUUAAAAACACUACUUCAACAACGGAAAUUACAGAAUUAUGUCAAACAUAUGCAACGACCACUCUUAUACAUUAUGGUAUUUUUGUCAUAACUGUAAUACUAUUCAUGAUAUAUUUGGCAGGAGCUGUUACCAAAUAUGCUACCCAACUUGAAACAGAGCAUUUUAGAUUCGAUCAUUCUACAGCUGUAAAGGAAUAA